UUUACGUCACUGAAGCGCCCUGGCUCACGGAGCCGCUGGUGGUACUGGCAAAAAGAGAAAGAAGUGUUCAGAAAGAGGGAUUUUCGGCCAGAUAACGGCUUUCCGAGAGAUAACGGUAAGCCGGGAGUAGGAGACACGACGCACUCGCCUUCCCAGAACCGGACUAACGGGAUCCAGAAGAAGGUGACGGCGUGUGUCUGUGAUCAUCAGCCCUGGACACAGAUGUGAACAGUCCAGCUCAGCCCAAAGAACUGCGCCAAUACUCACACACACGCAACACACACACACACACACACACCUGUCUGUCCAUCUGUGUGACGCACCGAUCAUGACGCACCUGAGGAUCAUGUGGAACUGAAGACUGUGUGUCAGGUGUUGCCAUAACAACACCAGCACUCCUCCACCUGGGGCCUUUCAUCCAUCCAUCCAUCCAUCUAUCCAUCCAUUCAUCCAUCCAUCCCUUCAUUUCUUCAUCAUCCAUCGUCCCUCACUUCUCCUCCUCUCCUUCUUCUUUCUGCAUCCCUCUCUCCCACACCUUGUUUUCAUCUCUCGUUUUGUCUUUCACUCCUUUUUCCAUCCUUCAUCCCCCUCUUUGCCCUCUUCCUUCCCAUCCCUCUCUUCCAUACUCUUCCUCUCCUCUCCUUUUCUGCUCUGUUACUUCUUCAUUCUCCUGUCCAUUCCUCCUGUUUCCCCCUCUUCCACUCUCUUCCUCCCCCCCUUUCUCCCCCCCCCCCCCUCUCUCUCUCUUCCUUCCCUCCCUCUCUCCAUCCCCUGUUCUCCACCAUGUACAACAGUGGGCGCUCCGGUAGCGCUCUGGACGGCAAUCACACCGGCGCCACUAACAACAACACCAACUCCAGCCCCGGAGGAGGUGGGGUCGGAGGUCAAGGGGUCGGAGGUCAAAGCCAGAGCCCCGGCCGCUCCCCGCGCCUCCCGCGCUCCCCUCGCCAGGGCCACCGCCGCACCAACAGCUCGGGCAGUGGCGCGGGCAUGGGGCCCCCGGGGGGCGCCAAAACCCUCUCCAUGGAGAACAUCCAGUCCCUAAAUGCAGCCUACGCCGCCUCGGGACCGCUGUACAUGAGCGACCCCCACGCACACACACAUGCACACACUCACGCACACAUGGGCGGCUACUCGCACACACACCCUGACUCGGUGGUGUCCUCCUCGGGUGUGUCCGGUGACCUACCCAAGAGUUCCAUGACCUUGGGCCGCUCCGGUGUUGGCAUGGGCAUCGGCGGCGGGGUCGGGGGUCGCCUGGUGGGUAGCUAUGGCAACCGGGCGGGCAUGGGCAGCAACCCCAACAUCUCGGGCAUGGGUAGCGACUCCAUCGCGUUCGGGGGCGGCGACAUCAUCCACACGCCUCCGUCCUCUCACACGCCCCCUAGUGGGGGGUCCACCGUGCCACACUCGCUACGCCAGGUCAGAGACAACUCCUUCAUGGACCUGCAGGCUCAGCUCAAAGAGUUACUACAGGAGAAUGAUAUUCUUCGUAAAGAGGUGGAGGCUAAGGAGGGUAAACUGGCCUCCUCCAUGUCGUCCAUCAAGACGUUCUGGAGUCCGGAGUUGAAGAAGGAGCGCGCCCUCCGCAAGGAGGAGAUGGGCAAGAUGGCCGUCUGGAAGGAACAAUACCGCGUCAUGCAGGAUGAGGCACAGCAUUUCCAGAUGACCAUCCAGGCUCUUCAGGAUGAGCUGCGUAUCCAGCGAGACCUCAAUCAGCUGUUUCAGCAGGACGGGGGCGUGUCCGGACCAGGCUCCUCCUCCUCCGCUACAGGGGCCGACCUAUCAGAAGAGGGCCUGAGGAUGCUGCAGGGAGAGAGAGAGCGACAGGCCAAGGAGCUGUUUCUGCUGCGCAAGACAGCGGAGGAGAUGGAGAUGCGUAUCGAGACCCAGAAGCAGACGCUGUCGGCACGCGACCACUCCAUCAAGAAGCUGCUAGAGAUGCUGCAGACUAGAGCGCCCCCUAGUGCUCGGGCCAGCGAGGAGGACCAGGAGCGCACAAGGCUACUGGCAGAGGCCCACGCCACACAACACCACCUGCAGGCGCUACUGCAGCAGAAGGACAAGGAGACGGUGGCACUCAGAGAGGAGAUGCAGAGACGCUAUGAUGGAACUCCAGAGUCCGCCAAGACCAAAGCCCUGCAGACAGUCAUCGAGAUGAAGGACUCCAAGAUCAGCUCCCUGGAGCGUAGUCUGCGUGACGCGGAGGAGGAGGUGGCCGCUCUGAAGUCCAACGGGGCGCUGAGCUCAGAGGAGAGACAGGAGGAGGUCAAGCAGAUGGAGGUGUACCGCAGCCACUCCAAAUUCAUGAAGAACAAGGUAGAGCAGCUGAAGGCGGAUCUGUGUGAGAGCGAGACCCAGGGGGAGGAGCUAAGGAAGCGAUUGGCAGAGCUGCAGCAGGAAACCCCUGCAAUUGACCAGGUGAAGGCGGACCUCUCUCGCAAGGACUCUGAGCUGCUGGGGCUGCAGACCAAACUGGAGACGCUGAACAACCAGUUUAGCGACAGCAAGCAGCAUGUAGACGUACUGAAGGAAUCUCUUACUGCCAAGGAACAGAGGGCUGCUAUACUGCAGACAGAGGUGGACGCGCUGCGUCUGCGUCUGGAGGAGAAGGAGGCGGGGCUCAGCAAGAAGGCCAAUCAGCUUGCAGAGCUAGCGGAGGAGAAGGGAACUCUGGGAGGAGAGAUCCACGACCUCAAGGACAUGCUAGAGGUCAAAGAACGCAAGGUCACCGUGCAACAGAAGAAGAUUGAUAAUCUUCUGGAGCAGCUUCAUGAUAAAGAGAAGCAGCUGAGUAGUCUAAAGGAUCGCGUCAAGUCUCUACAGACCGACACCUCCAAUACUGACACAGCUCUCACUACGCUAGAAGAAGCCCUCGCAGAGAAGGAGCGCAUCAUCGAUCGCCUUAAGGAGCAGAGAGAGAGAGACGACCGGGAGAAGACAGAAGAGCUGGACUCCAACAGGAAGGAGCUCAAAGACCUCAAGGAGAAACUCACACAACUACAGGGAGACUUCAGCGACCGAGAGACCAAUCUGCUGGACCUGAAGGAGCAUGCGUCGUCGUUGGCGUCGGGCGGCCUAAAGAAGGAUUCCAAGAUCAAGACUCUGGAGAUCUCACUGGAGCAGAAGAAAGAAGAGUGUGUCCAGCUGGAGAACCAGCUGAAGAAGGCCCAGAGUGUGGCGGCGGAGGCCUCGAGCAGCCGGGAGCUGCGGGAGCGCGUGGAGAGCCUGGAACAGGAAGUGACACGCCACAAGGAGGAGUAUGGGAAGGCGCAGGCCGAGACGGAGCGGCUGCUGGAGAUCCUGAGGGAGGUGGAGAACGAGAAGAACGACAAGGACAAGAAGAUGGCCGACAUGGAGAAGCAAAUGAAGGAGCAGGGUAAAAAGGUUGCCAACCUGAAGCACAAAGAGCAGGUGGAGAAGAGUAAGAACGCCCAGCUGAUGGAAGAGGCCCGCAAGAGAGAGGAGGGCAUGACCGAUACACAACAACAAGUCAAGGAUUCCUUGCGGCAGAAGGACGAGCGCAUCGAGGAGCUUGAGGAGGCUCUGAGGGAGAGUGUCCAGAUCACCGCCGAGAGGGAGAUGGUGCUCGCCCAGGAGGAGAACGCACGCACACACGCCGAGAAACAGAUGGAGGAGUUGAUGUGUGCGAUGGACAAGGUGAAGCAGGAGCUGGACGCCAUGAGGAUGAAGCUCUCCUCCACGCAGCAGUCUCUUAGCGACAAGGAGGCGCACCUGACCACGCUCCGCGCAGAGAGGAGGAAACACCUGGAGGAGGUGCUCGAGAUGAAACAGGAGGCGCUGCUGGCUGCCAUCAGUGAGAAGGAUGCCAACAUCGCCCUGCUGGAGCUGUCCUCCUCCAAGAAGAAGAAGACUCAGGAUGAGGUGGCCAUGCUCAAGAGAGAGAAGGACAGACUAGUACAACAGCUCAAACAACAGACUCAGAACCGCAUGAAGAUGAUGGCGGAUAACUAUGAGGACGACCCCCUGAUGAAGGCCUCCUCACCUGCACAAGAGACCAAUCACAAGCCCUCCCCAGACCAGUUGAUAGUCCCGUUGAGUGAGCAGUAUGAGAAUCGCAGCAAGCUGCAGCUCUACAUCGGCCACCUGAUGGCGCUGUGCCAGGAGAGGGACCCCGCCAUCCUGCAGGAGCUGGCCCCGCCCCCCGCCUACCACACCAGCCAACCGCAGCACUGGGAGGAGGAGCUACACAAGAUGAGCACCGAGAAGGUGAAUAGAUAG